GGAACCACAAACAGUUCGUCUCAUCUUCGUCAAGUCCUUCUUGUUGAUCGGACGGCAUCGCCGAGGGUGCCUGGGAUAAAUCAGAAUCCACUCUCACUGCCCUGUUCCUGCUCUUCUGCCCCUCCCUUUCCACCUUCCCCUCCCCCUCACUUAAUACCCUGGGCAGCCCCGCUCCGAGCCUUCCUACCCAGGCAGCCUUCUAACCCAGCUGACCUCACCUGCACCGCACUUGCCUCUUCCUGAAUCUUUCCAGAAGAGCGAAAGCCAAGAGGAUUUAUCCGACUACCACAAACCAACAAACAAUUCCCAAAGAGACGACUUUUUAUUACAGGUCAGCUUGGUUGACUGCGUCGACCGCACCGCCGUUCGGCGAUGGCUUCAUACGAUCCCUAUGACGCACCCCCCAGGGAGCGCACAAGCAAGCGCUACUACCGGGAGGAGCGCCGCGAGGAACGCGACCCUCGCUAUUACGAGUCCCGCGAGACCCUUCAUGUUCAGCCGUCGCGCGAUCUCGUUCCCAGGGCCCGUGAGGAUAGCGACCUCUCCGUCGAGGAGAUCCGCCGCGACUUCCCGCCCCCGGGCUACUCGAGCAGAGACCUUCGCCGCGCCCGGUCUGCCGAGCCCGGGUACUACGAUGAGUACGACGACCGCCGCUCCUACUACAGCCGGGACCGGAACUACGACGACUUGGACCGCAGGUCUCGCAAGAAGACCGAUGCUGUCUACGAAGAAGAGCGCAAGAAGGCCCGCGUGCUUUCUAAGCAGGAGCAGAUCAUCGCCGCUGUGACUGGCGCUGCCCUCGCCAUCGGUGGGAAGGAACUCUAUGACCGCCGCGACGCCAAUCAGCAGGGCACCGAUGUCCAGCGGAACAUCCUGGCUUCGGCCGCCCUCGGCGCCGCCGGUGCCCUUGCCGGCUACCAGGGAACCGAGUUCUACAACAAGCACAAGGAGAAGGAGGAGAAGAAGGCUAUCGCCCACCGGUCCGGCCACUACUCGGACGACGAGGAGAGCGCCAAGGAGAAAAAGGGCCACAAGAACUUCUUGGAAAGCGCGCUUGCCGCUGCCGGUCUUGGAGGCGCUGUCAAGGCUCUAACAGGCAAGGACGACAAAUCGGACACCAGGAGCCGCCGCGGCAGCCGCUCCCGCUCCAGAUCACGCUCCAGAUCCCGCUCUCGCGGCAGGGACAGGAGCAAGGACGGCAAAAGCGAGGGCGCCGGCAAGGUCCAGAAGGCCGCCAUGGCCUCACUUAUUGCCGGUGCUACAGAGGCAUUUCGCAUCUCCAAGCAGCCAGGCUCGUGGAAGGGUGAGAAGGCUAAGCGCAUUCUCACCGCCGCCGCCGGUGCUGCCACCCUGGAUGCAGCCCAGGACACUGAAAAGGCCGGCAGCAAGCUUGGCCUAACCGAGGCCGUCGUCGGUGGUCUCCUUGGUAACCGUGUCAUCAACGGCUCCAAGAAGAACAUCGAAAUGGACGAGAAAACCGGCCGUUCCCGCUCUCGCUCUCGCGCUCGCUCAAAGGACGAGGGCGGCGGCGGCGGCGGUGUGAGCGGACUUGCCGCUCUUGCCACCGCUGGCCUGGGCGCCUUUGGUGCGAAGAAGAUCAUGGACAACCGCGAACGGUCUAGAUCCCGGCAUCGGAGCGUAGACUCCCGUGACGACUCUCCCGACCGCCGUCACCGUAGCCGCAGCCGAAGCGUUGUGGACUCUGCGCGCCGCCGUCUGGCUAGAGUGGGUAUCGGCAAUGGCCCCGAAGAAGAUGAUGGAGAUCGCCGUGACCGCAGCCGCGACCGGAGGCGCGAUCAGGACGAUUAUGAAACCGCCGGUCGUUCCCGCCGGCACCGUGACAGCUACGACGACUACGACAGGGACAGACGAAGGCACUCGUACGACGAUGAUCGCUCGCACCGCGGCGGAGGACACGACCGGCCCCGUCACAGACGCGGCUCGGUGUCGUCGGAUGAUCUGGGUGAUUCGGACGAUGACAGGAAGCGAGGCAAGAAAUUGAGAGGUAAGCAAAUCAUCACCACGGGCCUGGCCGCCGUGGCGACCAUCCACGCGGCCCACAGUGUCUACCAGAGUAUGGAGAAGCGCAAUGUGCGGAACAAGGCGGUUGCGGAAGGCAAGAUAAGUGAGGAGCAGGCCAAAAAGCUCAAGAACAAGGCCCUCCUCCAGGAUGCUGCCGCCGUCGGCAUCGCGGCGCUCGGGAUCAAGGGCGCCAUCUCGGACGUGAAGGAAGCAAACGAUCUGAGGCACGAGAUGCGUCAAUGGAAUCUCGAGAAGCAAGAGAGACACCAACGACGCCUUGAGCGACAGAGACGGUUGGCGAACGGUGGUCUCGUUGAUCUCGAUGGUGGUGCCGGCCAGCUCGUCAGACGCAGGGCUGACUCUUGGGAUUCGGUAGCUCCACCAGGGGCCGGCCGCUACGACGAUGGGCCCCGUUAUGUCGACGGGAACCCGUACGGCGCCAUGCCUCCGUCCGACAGGAGGUAGAGGGGAUAACACAUCCUCUCGACCAGCCCCCAUCUCGACCCUAAUCUAUCGACCUGAAACC